AUGCCACGUGAACUAACAUCACAUGUAGGUGCAAAAGACUUGUCCUCUAUGCCUGCUCCAAGGAAGUUGAUCCGGCCAUCCCCUGCUGUAAUUCCACCAACCCCUCCCAAGAAUGUGCCGCCACCACCUCCUCCCAAGAGAAUGCCUCCACCCCCUCUCAAGAGCAUGCCUCCACCGCUGCCUCCGCCGAAGUUCAACUCAACUCCUAAAAUUCAUGAGACCAACAGCAAUCUGCACAACUCAAAAUCCGAACCCAUCCCUGAUACUUUAAUCAAGCUUAUGGAAUAUGGAGAUGACGACGACGACGAGGAAACCAUCGGGGAGCCCUCUAAAAGCCUUUCAAGUGCACCUAAACCUUUCUGGGCUUCCUGA